AUGGGGACAAGAUCAGCAGCAUACUCGUUGAAACUGACAAGUCUCCACGAUUACUAUCAAAGACUUCUUCACGGUAGUCAGCCUGUACCUUCUGGCCUCGAUAUGGCAAACACGGUGAAGUCUUUCUCACAAAUGUUGCUGUCUUUGUUGAAAGAAGUGCAAAAAGCUCCGCUAGAAAUGGUCAAAGUGCAGAAGUCCGACGCGGAACGAAUGGCCUGUUACCCAAAUUUAGAGUACAAGCAACUGUACAACGCCCUCACACAGCUGAUCGACGUUGUUCCCAAUAUUCACAUUGGUCUACAAGCGUUUGGUCACGCUUUGUUACAAUGUCUCGCGUGUCUGCUACCGUUUCUGGAUCACGAUCUGAUCGACAACGUGCCCUAUUUGACUGCCAGCUUGAUCUCCGUGCUUCCAGUAGAGCUGCAUCAGGACAUCGUUAACUACCUUUGCUUCUACAUUCUUCCGUUCACCAUUGCAAGAAAGACUGAGGACGGAAGUGAAAAUGCAGCUAGUCAGUCGAUAGCCGCGGUUAUCAUGAUGAUCUUCCAGUAUUCUACCAAUCCAGCACACCAUUGUCAAUUACUGGAGUGUCUAAUGGCGUUAAAAGCAGGCGUGGUGAAGGACAUCCUCUGCGUGGUCGCUUAUGGCACUGCACCAGCCAGAGCUUCGGCCGCUAAACUGCUCUUCUACUACUGGCCAUCGUUCAACCCUAAUCUCUUCGAUCGAAGAGCUGUUCUAGUCAAAUUUGCAAAUGAUCUGGCGCCGUUCGUCUGUCAGAGAGACUCUUGUCCCAACGCAGGCAACGCCGAAGCUGGCAAAGUCUGCUACGAUCAUCGAAUAUCCAUCGCGUUUGCCACGGAGACACCUCCGCCCCUCUAUCUCUGCAUCGAAUGCGCUAAUGAGAUACAGAGGAAACACACGGAUCAAACGUUCUACCAUAUUCUCCAUCCUACGCAACAGGUGUCUAUGAUUUGCGAAAAUAAGAACUGCAGAGCAACGGAUAAAUCAGCGAUAAGCGUGUGUUUCUCCGCGGAAUGCACCAGUUACAACGGAAACCACCCGAUUCGCUAUUGCCAACAGUGUCACAACAUUCGACACAAUAUUCAUCGAGGUGGUGAUCACGUGUAUCACAUGGCUUUACCGCACAUCUCGCAAUUGGAUUCUCAGACGCAGACGUACAUGGUGCAGGCUAUAGUCAGCCUGCUUAAGGAAGCUGAACAGCUAAGUAUGGAUAGUAACCGAGAGGUCUCGGAAAUAAGUACUAAUAAGGGCAGCACAGGAUUCCCAGGGAGUGGCGGAAGCGGUGCUGGUGGUACCGGAAGUGGUGGACAGUUCGAUUCGGCCACGCUCGAGGAGAGACAACUGCUUGGAAGAUACGGUGUCUGGCUGCUGGUUGGGCUUUGCACCCCUAAUCAAGACACCUCGAUCGAAAUACUCGGCCGUUUAUUGUCAAUGCUAUUUCAUUGGUUUCAUGUUACUGCCUACUGUUUCGAUGGUACUAAAAAAAGCCUUAUGCACCUUAUCUUUUCUGUUGGGCAAGCAGAGAGCGCUUUGGAAAAAUUGAAAACUGAAUAUGUCUGUGGAUGGUUAGCAGAAGUGAUGAAGACACACUAUGACGUCUUCAUUUCCUGCCUUCUGCCGCAUCCGGCGGACUAUGUUCGAGUUGGUGGACACUGGGAAACGCUAGCCUCGAGAACGUCACACCUAAAAGACGGCCUAGACCGCCUCUUCUGUCUCGUACCUUACGAAGUAAUCACACCCGACGUUUGGGACUACGUGAUGCCCCACUGGAUGGAGGCCAUGGUGAACGACGUCCCUGAGUACGAGCUCCACGAGUUAAAAAUGAUCCUAAGCAAAAUCCUCGACAGAGACAUGAGUCCUCUAGGUUUCGACGCCAAGAAGAUGUACAACUUCGUGGCAAUAAGAUUCGUCAACACCUGUGCAAAGGUGCAAGAGCAAGCUCUGAAUUGGCUGCAAACCUUGACUAUGCUAGAGAUCAGUAUACCUUUGUGUCAACUGUUCUGCAUGUUCAGCGACGGUGUGUCCGUUAUGGGAGCCAUGAACACUGCAGAGUCUGAACAGAAGCCUAGCAAAGGGACGAAGAAAGAGGACGAAGAAGGAAACACCAUAUGUUCAGUGGUGGAAAAUGAAACAGGAAAAUCGACGCCAUUGUCUGACGACGUGGUUCCAAUACCACGACACAUGGAAUUUAUGACGAAUGCAGAGUUGAAUUUAUCUUGCUGUAUACUUAUGCUCGAUAUAUUGUUGAAACAGAUGGAGCUGCAGAAUAUAGAUAAGCAUACAGGGAUCAACACGUGGGUGUGCAGAGACGCAUGUCGACUGAUGAAGUCUAUCGUCGCCUCGAAUUGGAACAGCUGUCACAUCUGCAAUACAAACAGCGAGUGUACCUACUGUGAAUCCAGAGUAAUGUGGCAUCAGUUGUGUCUGCAAUUGCUUACUUAUAUGGCGCCUGAAAAUCCGGCCUAUCCACCUGACAAAAUCGUGGACGAAACCGCGGAAGAUCACGGCCGCAAGAGUCCAGAGGCAUCGCGAAAGGGAGACUCCAAGUCAGACGUAGCGAUCAAUAUGCCUGUAGCUGAAAUGCAUUCAGUCGGUGGUGUUCUCGCUCACAUGCCUCAGAUCAUGACAGCCACAGUAGAGACAGUUUCGGAGCAGCUGGACCUUGCAGCUAUCAUGCCUCCAGAGAAGGUCAAGUCAGCUGUCGCGAGAGCAGUCACCCUCUCGGAGACUGACGUAGCCACGGCAACAGUGAGCGUGGCAAAGCCGAGAUUAAUAGGGGAAAAUGAUCAACCGUUGAAUCUCAGUCCAGAGAACGAGGCAGACGAUUUCUGGCACACCUCUGUUGGAAAGUUUCGCUUCAAUAUCGACGAACUUCCCGAACAACUUCAGUACAUACACAAACUCCUGAAGGAGAUAAUGGCGAUAGACAAGGCCGAUAUACUCUACUACAUGCUUCAAUGUUUAAACGUGAUGUGUCUCUACGGAGAUGCCUUUAAUAUCGCGGUGAAGGAUCACCAAGGAUUCUUCAUAUGGUGUCAAGAGAAUCUACUAAUAAAAAAUCUUUGGGAACUCCUCAAUGCUGAGCAUUCUCACAUAGCUCAAGUCACAGUGCCGUUACUGCUCCACUGUGUCACUCUACCAUGUGGAACAGACACCUUCUGGCGUCUGAUUCAGGAAGAAUUCCACAAUUCAGACUGGCGUGUUCGAUUCGUAGCAGUCGAAAGGGUCACGCUGAUGGCUAGAUUCAUGGAUUCCACUCCUCUGAGGAACGUAAUGAGUCUGCAAGCUGCCUUGGCGAAUGCGUUCUGCUACCUAAUCGCCAGCAUGGACGACAGUAACGUUUACGUUGCUCAGAGAGCCACGCUAUACCUCGGUACCAUUCACGACACAGCUAUGAGAUCUCUGAUCCUCUGUUUGGAGACCCAGUUCGAUUCUGUGAUAGUGGAUCGUCCAAUGGUACUGCAAUCGCUCUACCAACUGCACAACAGUCUCAGCGACAGACACAUCCUCACCUGGGAAUUCUUUCUAAAUCGUUUCGACGCUCUAUUCCUGGAGGCGCAGAUCAAUCUAGAGAGAUCUGGCGACAUACCAGGUCUACGUGAUCUCAGAAACACGGAUCUGAACAGCGAGAUCUUCAUGAAGAAGCUUCACAGAGCUCAGGAAGCCCUGUCGCAAUCGGACGGAAGCGGAACGAACUCUAUAAAGACGUUGAGCGCUAGUUUCGGCACGAAAUGGCCCUACAAACGUACAAUGUCCGCGCCAGCGUCGAUGAUUCCUCGACAGGACACCAAGCAAGAAAAGGAGAAGGUGUACAGCCGGCAAUACUCGGCGCCUAUCCUGAAGCGCAAGAGCUCCAGAUUCGGACUGGGUCAGUUGCUGGGGUCCACCCCACCUAAUAACAGUAUACCAGAUGGGCAUGUUCAUUCGUUGAAUAUGGUGGACGAAACCAGUGCGUUGCCAGGGUACACUCACAAAAUCGUAGAUCUGGAGGAAGCUGACAAAGAGACCAUGCACUUGCUGGUCUUCCUUCUGAUGCAGUUUCUUUCCAGACAGGACCAGGCCUAUCCAACCGACGAGAAACCUCUGUCGAAGACUCAAGGAAUCGUGUUGCGCCAUUUGUAUCUGCUGUUAGGCUACAACCAGACCGAACGAACCUUCCAUACUUCUCCUCAACGAUUACGAGUUUCCCCUGUGUUCAACGUCUUCAUCGCGAAUCUCCCCCAACUUCUCGACCAGAACCACGUAAUGGGAUGGGUGAUGACACCUCCAGUGCUAACAAUCCUUCAACACUGUCCCUGUCCACCGCAAGGCUUGCCUCCGUCCGAUCAUCCAACACCGACGUACAGCCUUUGGUACUUGGAACCUCACAACAGACGAUCCUGGCUCAUGUCUCUUCUCGUCAUUCUGUACAAGUGCCAGUACGGACAGCAACCAUGGUGCAACCAAUUGCAAGUGUUGAUAAAAAUAGUGCUGAACACGCUGGACACCCAACACCAUCAAUGCAAGAGGAUCCCAGCGACUGUUGUGAUGGGUGGACCGCCCUCUCGAUCUCGCGACGUGUCACAGCCGUCUCUGGGCGUGGAACACGAGCUGAUGGCCAGCGCCAUAGGAGACAUGAACGCGGAGAGUCCUCCGGUAAGGCAUCCCAUGGUUUCUGUGCAUCAACGCAGCCCAGGACCGACUCACGGGCAAAUGGAGACUCACUGGGAGGAAGGGACAGCCACUUGCCGAUACACCAACAAGCAUUCCAGCUACUCGAUCAAUGCGGAUGAUACGGAGUCCGAGCUGGCCGCAAUACCUGAGAGUCCAAAAUCUGACAGCACGUUGCAUGGCAGCAGUGGUGGAUCUCUCGGUGAGCUGGAGGAGACACCAGCCGGUGUCACUAGAAGCGUUUCACUUCACGGAUCUAGGAGCACGGCGACCGAUCUCACGGCUAGGAUAGAUUGGAACAACCAGAACGCUGUGAAGAAGGCCGAAGCUUCCAGCAGACCUACUUGGUUCCUUGGAAGCGAGGACGACUCGCAUCAGAGUACAAAGACUGGACCACAAAAGAAAUGGAGCGUCCACGAGGGCGUGAAGAUGAUGGUAACGAGCACUCUACUAAGCGGCCAACCAGAUCUACAAAAGUACACACCGAUGUCCAGAAUCGAUAAGGUGAUAGAGAAGCCUGAGAAGGGAAUCUUAGAAAAGGCGAUUCCAGAGAAACCUGCGCCAGAGAAAGCUGCUCAAGAGAGGAAUCUCACUGUGCAAAUAGCCUUCAACGGCGACAGCGCAUCUUCCAAGCCUUUUGGAUUGUACAGUGCUCUUGCUACUACCAUUCCACCUCAAAUCCAAAAACACGAGCUACCAAAGGAGAAGUCGCCCACAGCUUGUUCCAGCAACUCAGACUCGCCGAAUUCCAAGCAACUGGGUCGUCAGAAGCGUAUAGAGCAGUCUGUGACUGUAGCCUCGCCUAUGUCCCCAGGUCAAGUGGUUACAGUGACGAGCAGCGAUCAAUCGAGUUCCCCAGCGGUCAGCUCGAUCUCGUCUCAGGUCACGAGCACGGAAAAUGGCCAACAUACUGGAUGGAACGACCCACCUCCUCAUCACAUCACCGCGUUACCCUCGGUCGAACGACUUUUGCCAAUUGGUACUACCACUCGUGUGGCUGGUCCACGACCUGCUCAGAGAAUCUUGCGAUGCGAGGACGCUUAUGGGUCUCCCGAGUCGCCUUUGUCCAAGAUAGACGUUUUAACAGUCAGCUCCUCCUUCGAUCAAGAUAGCGAAACGUGCAUGUCCAGUGACAUAACGAGUCCCAGAAGCAUUUCUCAGCUGGAAUUCCCCAUGCCUGAGAGACUGCUACCUGUUGGACCCCACAGAGACUUCAGUGGCCUGGUGGAACACGUUCGCCAGGCUUUGGGCGUUCACGAGAUCGAAGACUCGAAUAAAUACAGCAACGACAACAGACUCGGUGAGAAGAGUGACGGGCAACUACCGGUAAAACAGGACAGCACAACGUCGGAAAACCUGUCAGCGUCUUUGGUUCCAACGUCGAACGAAGUGCACUCGAGCAGAUCAACGAGCCCAAGGAGGCUCAUCAAGCAAGUAGCUCUGGAAUCUCCUCCUCCGGCGAUAGAAGCUUUGGAUUAUCCUUCGAGAAUCUUCGACCUUGACAGAAGAGUCAAGACUAAGGACCACGUUCGUAUUCAGAGGGACAAGCCUCGGAAAGACAGCAUCGCUGGGCAAGAAUGUCCAUUGCCGAGGCGUACCGAAUCCUGGUCUGGUGCUCAAUUGAAACCCAACUUCGACGUAGCCUCUCAGCAAGCCUAUCACGCCGACUUCAGCUUGAAACAGAGUCUGUUUCGCAUAGGAGACGACUGCAUUUACGAGAGGUGUUCAGAGUGUGGCACGAUAAAAGAAGAGUACUCAGACGAGGAACUUGGCCUGUGCAUCAUCAACCUGGGCACGUUCAUCCAUCGCGAGCCAUCUUUGGCCGCACCGCUCUUGCCAGAAAUCCUACGUGUCGUGACAAAGGUGGCCCUCAACGCGAUGUACCCUUGGCAGAGUGAGACCAAUAUGCACCUGCCUGGUGGCGCAAUCAGCGUGGCGCACCAGUUUCUUCGAUGCGUUCUCCAUCAACUGGCGCCUAACGGUGUCUUCAUACAGAUGUUCCAAACUCAUCUAAAUGAGUCCACGAGAAUGCAGUUCUUCAAGAGUGUCACUCAAGCUUUGGUGGAUUUCAACGAGUUAAAUCCUAUUGCUCCUCUGCAAUUAUUGCUCGAGUCCCUAAACGCGAAGAAAUCGCUGCCAACAGAGCGUCUCCCCAUAAUCCUCUACAACAUAGCCUGCUACCUGGACUGCCUGCCAUUGGAAGCUGGCCUGGGACCAGGUGCAACAACCUGGAGCGGCCUGCUGGCGCAAUUCGACGGCCUGUUCCGCAGGCUCGUCCUGAUGCUCUCCUCCAUCGAGGACACCACUCCGUUAUUAAGGAUCAUGAUUUCUUUAUUGAAGGUCUCGGGCAUCCAGCAAUCGAAGGGUAUGUUGGAUCCAUUCGCCAAGGUGUUGAGCUACGCCAUCCAGAAUUCCACGAUAAAAUACAGCUACCUGACCGACCUGUGCUUUCUCUGUCAUCGUGGCUUCACCAGAGACAGGGACAAGCAUUUCUUCGGCAGAACAAUUGUGUUCGAGCUGAUUCAAGCGAUCAAAUUCAAGACCACUAUACCAGACUCGAAUUUUCUCCUGUUGCUGCACUUCAUUCUUCAGGAUAUUGGAGGAUCGUUGCCCAACACGAUCGCGUUGGAGAACGUCCAAAGAGACAUAUCGCCAGCUUGCAAUACGAACGCCUCCGACUCCCUGAAGAAUCAGCUGUCGGACGUGCUCGAUUUCUUGGCUGACUUUCACACGCUCAGCAAAGUGAAGAGUUACAGCAAGGGGAUGCAAGCUGGACUGAACGAAGAUACAUUAGGCGGAAUAUUGAAGUGUGGUUUGGCCCAGUAUGUAGCGCUGGAAAUUACGAAAGGCAACAAUAGGGAGAAUAAAGCCGUGGCUAGGUAUCUUCCGUGGCUUUAUAAUGCUCCUUCGACGAUACAACAAGGGGCUCGAGAGUACGUGGACUGCAUAGGGCACAUAAGAUUAUUAUCUUGGCUACUGUUAGGAUCUCUCACGCACAUGGCGAUGUACGCUGGUAAUAACAAUACGCACACCCACGGGACAUUGAUCCCUCUCGCGCAACCAAUACCGCAGGAAGUCUCUUGCCACGUCGCGGAUCACGUGCAAGUUAUAUUCUCCGGGUUCCCGGAACAGUCUAAGGCAUCGGUCUUGCAUAUGUCCUCCUUGUUCCACGCUUUUAUACUGUGUCAGUUAUGGACGAUGUAUUUGGAAGAACUAUCGAAGAAUAAUCCAUCGAACAGCGAGGGUCAUAACGUUACGAUGAAUAUUUUAUUAGAAUUCUGGGGCAAGAUAACGCCAUGCAUAUUGGAAUUGGUUGGAUAUUCGAAAGUUCUGGCUGAAAUGGUGAAUUUGCAUUUUUUGAGCCUACUCGAAGCUCUUCUCGAGUGUGGGUCUAUUUUAUUGAGCAAAUUGUUACCUCUUUGGAGCCCAAUUUUGUAUUCACAUCAUAUUCAGUUACCAGGAAAUUUGCAAGUGCGUUUGCAAAAUUGUCGCGAUUACCCGCCUAGUAAAAUGACCGAGCACUUCACCUCGUCUCGUCGAGAAUCGAACGCCACGCUACUAAGAUGGCUGCAUCGAUUACAGUUUAAAAUGGGACAAAUAGAGAUGCAGUCUUCCACCGCCACGCAAUUUUAUUCGAUAUAGAAACGAAGACUCGAACGGACAGUGAAUU